GACCACGUGCAGUUAGCCAAGGAAUAGACCCACAGCUUGGCUAAGAUGGGAAAGCCUAAAAACAGUAAAAAAGGCAAAGCAACAAUCGCCGAUGUGUCAGAUAAUGAAGAUUAUGAAGAUACAAUUGAUCCUUCCGCUUCGGACUUUAUAUACGAUGCUGUUGAUGAGUACUACGAAAACGAAGAACGCGAAGGUGCUGAAAAAUUGGCGAAGUUGAUGAAAAAACCUAAAAGAUAUACACAGGAAGAUGUGUUGGGAGUGGCAUCAUCUUCAGAUGAAGAUGAAACUUUAAAACGAUCAACAAAGAAAAAGUUGAAGAAACCCUGUUUAGAUGCAGAACCAUUGCCUCCCCUUGACAGCGAACUCGAAGAGGAUAAGGAAGGAGCUGAUGAAGAAGAUAACUUAGAGUGGGGCAAAAAAAGAUCAGCAUACUAUAAUGCUGACUAUGUUGAUGAAGAAUGGGAUGAUGCAAAUGAGUCUGAUGCCGAAGUAGCACAGCUAGAAGAGCAGGAAGCUCUUGCCAUUCAGCAAAGAUUGGCACAACAGCUGGAAGAAGCUGACUUUGGCCUAGAUUUCAUCACACACUUAAAAGCGGCCGAUAAAGCAAAAGAACACAUUAUUGUUCAAGAAGAAAAAAUUGACCUAAAUCUUUCCCAUUUGUCCAAACGAGAAAAACUUAAACUUUUGACUGAAGAGUCUCCAGAAUUAAUUGAACUUGCUGAAGAUUUCAAAUGUCAGAUGGAAGAACUAAAAAACAACAUAGAGCCUAUUUUAGAGUUGGUGACAAAAGGACUGCUGCCCCCAAGUCCAGCAGUGGACUAUGUUAAAGCAAAGUAUCACAUAAUCCUCAAUUACUGUACACAAAUCGGAUAUUAUUUUGUGCUGAAAUCUAAAAGAAUAUCAGUGCAAAAUCAUCCUGUUGUAAAGCGCCUUGUCCAAUUCCGUAGUUUGCUACAUCAACUUGAAAAUGGGGGUGCAAAUCUUCAACCAGAAAUUGAUAGUUUGUUGACUAAGAUUAAACAGAAGGAAAAAAUCGCCGUUGAAGACUUCGUCCACACCGUCAUCCCACCGAGAAAGAAACUACGUAUUUUAUCAAAUCGUACUCAGGAGCAAGUAGUCGCUAUAAGCAAACAAAAAGAAAAGAUUACGGACACCAAGAGACAAAAGGGCAAUGCUUUGACUCGGGAUGAAGAAGAUGCAUUAGAUUUUUACAAAGCGGUCCGUAAGUCAAAGAAAGAUUCUGAAGAGGAUGAUGUCACCAGCGACGAAGAAAUUAACCUUAAUAUGUCUGCUGGUGCUGAGUCGGCCGACAAUGGCGCCGAAGAAGGAGAAGAGGAGAGUGGCAAACGUGGUAUCAACUACCAAAUAGCCAAAAACAAGGGUUUGACACCUCAUCGGUCCAAAGAGCAAAGGAAUCCACGUGUAAAGCACCGCAUGAAGUUCCGGAAAGCGAAAAUCCGUAGAAAGGGCCAAAUUCGCGAACCGCGUAAAGAGCUUACAAAAUAUGGUGGUGAGGUCUCGGGUAUUAAAGCUACCGUCAUCCGUAGUGUGAAACUCAAGUAAAUCUCCCAAUACAUAUCGACUCAUAUUCAAUUAAA